GCUGUUGCUUCCGCCCUUACUCCGCUCAACUCGUCCCUGGGCGGGGCGGAGGCAGGGCUGGGGGAAGAGGCGUGACGGCGCUGUGCGCGUGCACAAAAGGGAACUGUGGUGGGCGCGCCGCGGCACAGCUGGCUUGAGCAACUGGAAACAAGAUGCAGGACCCCAACGCAGACACUGAGUGGAAUGACAUCUUACGCAAAAAGGGUAUCUUACCCCCCAAGGAAAGUCUGAAAGAACUGGAAGAGGAGUCAGAUGAGGAGCAGCACAUCCUCCAGCAGUCAGUGGUGAAAACAUAUGAAGAUAUGACUUUGGAAGAGCUGGAGGAUCAUGAAGACGAGUUUAAUGAGGAGGAUGAACGUGCUAUUGAAAUGUACAGACGGCAGAGACUGGCUGAGUGGAAAGCAACUAAACUGAAGAAUAAAUUUGGAGAAGUUUUAGAGAUCUCAGGGAAGGAUUAUGUUCAAGAAGUUACCAAAGCUGGCGAGGGCUUGUGGGUCGUCUUGCACCUUUACAAGCAAGGAAUUCCCCUCUGUGCCCUGAUAAAUCAGCACCUCAGUGGACUUGCCAGGAAGUUUCCUGAUGUCAAAUUUAUCAAAGCCAUUUCAACAACCUGCAUACCCAAUUAUCCUGAUAGGAAUCUGCCCACGAUAUUCGUUUACCUGGAAGGAGAUAUCAAGGCUCAGUUUAUUGGUCCUCUGGUGUUUGGCGGCAUGAACCUGACAAGGGAUGAAUUGGAAUGGAAACUGUCUGAAUCUGGAGCAAUUAUGACGGACCUGGAGGAAAACCCCAAGAAGCCGAUUGAAGACGUGUUGCUGUCCUCAGUGCGGCGCUCUGUCCCCCUGAGGAGGGGCAGCAGUUCCGAGGGUGACUGAGGCUACAGCUGCUCUCACAUGCCGAACUUUCUUGUGACACAUUGUCUGGAUUUUUUAAAAAAAGAAAAAGCAAGAAUGAAUCCUUCUGUUUUUUAGUUUUGUAUAAAUUAUGUUUCAAAUCUUUACAUUUUAGAAAUAAUCAUUGCUGGAAAUUCUGUUAAAUAUUUUGGAACUCUUUUUUUUUUUUUUAAUUACAGUAUUUCCUCUAAAAAAAUUAAAACCAGCCAUUUGUAUGGCAAA